UCGCGAACGACCCGAACCCGCUACCAUUGGCGGAGCUGAAGCAGCUCGCGGAGAGACUCCGGGUCGGGGCCGACCUCGCCGUGAUUCACAUUGUCGAAGAUACGGGACAGGAUAUCCCCACUGCCAGGGAGUUGCUUGGCCAAAUGGAAACGACGCUACGACUGCGCACCGCGACGGAAAGGGUAAAGACGGCAGUGGAGCAGCAGCAGGUGGACAACAACAAGACUGGUUUUGCUACUGCGGCCGGAGGUGGUACGGCAGCUGGUGCUCCUUCCACCUCCACACGGGUCGUGGACCAAGCGCACUUGCACACGCCGACCCGACCGUUGGCAGGCGCAAUGAGUUUUCGGCAGCAGCAAAAGUUGCAGUCACUCAGCCUCGAGACGCCACAGGAUGAACAGGAGCAGUCCAUGCGAUACUUGUCGCAUCUGGUGGAAAUUUCGACGGGAAGGGUGCCCCAACACGAACUGCAAGCGGCGAUAUCGGUUUUGUCGAAAAUCCGAGAUGGCGCCAGGGACGACGCCAAAAGACUGCUGAUGGCUGCCGGACGAAGUCCCACCAAUCGCGACCGUCCGAGGCCCUUG